AUGCUGGAGAGGGAGGGGAUGAAAACAGGAGCCAGGGCUAGCAAAAGCAGCAGAGGUCACCGGGGAUGGAAAGCACGCACACAUGCAGCAGGCGCAGCAUGGAUGCAGCGUUUCUGUGCAGCAGCAGCAGAUCAGGUUGUCCUGGCUCCUGUAGACGCUUCACGGGACGCUGAGGACGAGCUCACCAUUAUGCAGGUCUCCAUGGCAACUGAGUCCCACCGGUGGUCGGACUGGUCUGCGGUUUCCGAGGCCCCGCCGGCCGCCAACCUCACGGAGCUGGAGCGGGACCCCCUGCUGGCCGCGGCGGAGGUGGUGGUUCUGGCCGUCAUCCUGCUGCUGGCGCUGGUCGGGAACGGGCUGGUUCUGGUGGUUCUGCUGCGGCAGAGGCAGAACCACAGCCCGCUGCACCAGUUCAUGCUGAACCUGUGCGUGGCUGACCUGGUGGUGGCGCUGUUCCAGGUGCUGCCUCAGCUGGUGUGGGACGCCAGGGGGCGCUUUCCAGGCCCAGACUUCCUGUGCCGCCUGGUGAAAUACCUCCAGGUUCUGGGGAUGUUCGCCUCUUCCUACAUGAUUGUGGCCAUGACCGUAGACCGCCACUAUGCGAUCUGCUGCCCCCUGCAGGCGCACCGCAGCGGUGCAACAAAACGCUGGAACACGCUCAUAUUGCUGGCAUGGGGUCUCUCCCUGCUGCUCAGCUUUCCACAGGUUUUCAUCUUCUCCCGUUCUGAAGUGGCGCCAGGUGUCUUUGAAUGUUGGGGACACUUUGCCCAGUCCUGGGGCCUCAAGGUCUACGUGACAUGGAUGACCCUGGCCAUCUUCAUCAUCCCCGUCCUCGUCAUCACUUUUUGUCAGGUGCGCAUCUUCAAGGAGAUUCAUCAGAGUCUGUACAGGAGAUCAGAGCGCCGCCUGCCCCCCGCUCCUCUUCCUCUGUCCAGACAAGACAGCCAGAGCAGAGGAGGAGGAGGAGGAAGGUCUGACCUGCCGGUUUACGUCUCACCUCUCACCUUCAACAACCGUGGGAGUCCCAACACCUCUGAUGGUGGAUUGGCCCGCCAGAUGAGUCCAGCCCGGUCCGGCAGUGCGUCUUCACAUACAAAUACCAGCUGUGCUGCGCCCCCUGCUGUUAGCUCCACACACACCCACAAAGCCCCAGUGACCCGGGGUGGAGAGGUGACCUCUGCCAUGUCAAAAACGGUGAAGAUGACCCUGGUCAUUGUUCUGGUCUACUCCAUCUGCUGGGCCCCGUUUUUCAGCGUGCAGCUGUGGGCCGCCUGGGACCCCGACCCGCCUCAGAGAGACACGGCGUUCACGCUGCUGAUGCUGCUGGCCAGCCUGAACUCCUGCACCAAUCCCUGGAUCUACUCCGCCUUUUCCAGCAGCGUUUCUCCGGACCUGCGGCUGCUGCUUUUCUGCCGGAAGCCUCCUGAUCGACGAGGCUCUUUCCCCAACGACUCCACGGCCACUCACACCUCCAACUCCUGACGGCCCAACUCCUAACCCUCACCCAGUGGCCGAGUUAAUCACCCGAAUAGCUGAGGCUGCAGUUUGACUUUUACAUAUUUGAAAAAUUAUGUAAAAUGCAUGUAUGCCUGGUCGUUCAUAGUAUUACUAAUUAAAUCAGUCUUCUGUGUGAGAACCGUACACGUCGCCAACGGUGCCCCGCAUGCGCACAUGAAGAACAUUCACAGCUGGAGCCGUUUAUGAAUCGAUUUUAACACCUUUUGCACUUCAGACGAGACGCGUGAUCAACUGCUAGAAGUUACUACUGGCGAAAACGACAAAGAUAACAGGAAGUGGUAGGUUUACUCGUGGCUGCCAUGAUUGUCGGAUGAACAAGCUAAUGAAAACACAACAAUGGCAGAAUAGUGUUUUCAACAUUAGCAAAAUAGCGAAAUGAUGAGCGAAAAGAUUGGAAAUGGGCCAUUCAGAAUGAGGGGCUUUCAUGAAGGGGGGCAGAUUUUGAUUGCAUUUCCCUGCUAUGUGAAUUUAUCGAAGUUGUUUUAGUGACAUGUUACAAGGUGUGAAAUGUUGAAAAUCCACCUAGAUAAAAGUCAAAGCUGUUAGAAAGAUGAAACCUAGUUUUGAUGUAGAUGAGCUUCCCACAGUGGAAUGUCUCACUAUAUUUUCACAGAAACAAGGAUUAGAUUAGAUAACCCAAUGAUUUCUCUGCAACAUGUGUAAUAAAGGAGAUUCAGCUAA